GGGAAAGAUGUGCGAGGCGUGGGGUGCAGCCGGCGCGCCUUUUGACUCUUGACACCAUCCUUUCAUCGCGUGUACUGGUCCUCUUUAACAUUUAAAUCUAGUCUACCAUCAGCUCAUCACUUCCUGGGAUUAUAUUCUAUCCAUCAGCAUGACUAUGCCAGCCAUAGUAGAUUCUUUAUGUCAAUCAUUGUCCACUCGCUCUCAAACUUAUCCCCGCCAUCGUGAGGUAUUGGCUAUAACAAUGAACAAUCUGGCCAAUCCCAUAUAUUUCGACUACCCAAUCCAUCCCUCUCGCUUCCCAAUCUCCUCAAUCCGUCCAGAUGGCCCACAGAAUACUCCAUCUAUGCCACCCCGCACUCCCCCAAAACCUGUAUUCCCGCGGUAUGACCCUCUCCAUGUCCUCUCUGCAGAUUCUACCCCACUUCCGACCACAAAGCAGUCAUCUCUACACCCCCUACAGGUGGCACCCGGUGUCCUCGCAAACGGCGUCAUUACUGUCAUGCUGCCCGCCGUCCGCGAGUUUCUCACUGCCACUACCAUUGCACCACCUGCCGCACCUGAACUCCCAAGCGACAGUAGAGUAUUAGCGCUUGCUGCUCUUGCCGUCUUCUAUCGUCCCAUGCACCCUGCACAUUGGGUCUUUUGGAAUAAGGAACAAAAGAGGAACACCGCAGCCAUUGUGCAGAGUGUAUUAGAUGCUACCCCCACUCCAAUCAUCUCGCCCAUCGGCUGGAUAGCCACCCAAGACAACCUGUGGAUCCUUGGUUCACUACAACACGCCUAUUCCAGUGCCUUAUCUUCCCAACCCUGGUACGCCGCAUACGUCCCAUCUGAAAGCGAAACCCGCAUGAGUCUGCGCAAGCGCAAGCCCACCAUGAUCCAAGAACAAGUCAUCGAAGAUGAUGACGACGAUCUCCUCGUACCUCAACCACCAAGGAAGCGUGCAAGGACGCGCAGAACUGCCACAACUACUAGGAGCCCGAGGAAACCGGAAGAAUUCUCCCCGCCUGACAACCCGGAGACAGAGGAUGUGCCCGAUGAGGUCGAAGCAGCCACCGAACUACCGGAACCGGAAACGGUGCUUAUGUUGACGCGCGCAGCUAAACGCGAGCUCAUCGAAAUCCCUGUGCCAGCGCAAGAUGCUGAGAAAUCUGUCUCGCCAGAGCCGCGUAGGAGCCAGCGGAAGAAAGGUGAUUCACCGGCAUCUUCGGCGACUACUCUCACGCGCAUCCACUCGCGGGAGUUGUCGGCAGAAUCCGUGGAAGGCGCUGAAAGCGCUGGAAGUAGCACUGUUUGUGAGGAGGAGCCGGACAAGGAAAAAACAAAGAAGGGCCGCACAGAAAAGGUCGUCAAGCGUCUUGACAAUACUGGCGAGGAGGACGGAGACGAGGAAGAAGCUGAGCAGCAGAAACCUGUUCCCGCCAAGAGAUCUCGCCCCUCAGCUUCCCGUGCAAAGCCAAGGUCCAGGGCCCCACCAAAGAGAAUCAACUCGACGAAUACCAAUUCCGAGGAAGGCGGCGAGCAUGCAGAUGCUACUCCCCCGCCACCCGUACCUAAACCAAAGUCACGCUCGCGCCCGAGGACUCGCAGACGUUAGACUUGCGCAAAUUCUUUUUGUUUCAACACGUCAAUGAAUUUCUAACGCACUGGAGGGACCCAAUCAUCAUGAUAUCACGAAUUGCAACGAGUACUGGAGCACAUCGCACA